UCAGCUCUAGAAUACCUCCAUGCUGGACAACGAACUCCUAUAAUCCAUUGUGACCUAAAGCCAAGUAAUAUUCUACUAGAUGAAGACAUGGUUGGGCAUUUGGGAGAUUUUGGCAUUGCCAAACUAUUAGAAGAAGAUGAUUUCAUAAGACAAACCAUGACACUUGCAACUAUUGGAUAUAUGGCACCAGAAUUUGGAUCAGCGGGAAUUGUUUCCAUAAAAUGUGACAUCUAUAGUUAUGGCAUUCUUUUAAUAGAAACUUUCACAAAAAAGAAGCCAACUGAUGAAAUUUUUAGUGAAACAAUGACCAUGAGGAAUUGGAUGAAAAGAUCCUUAUCUAAAGGAAUGAUUGAUAUUGCAGAUGCCAAUUUAUUAAGAAGAGAAGAUGAAUAUUUCAUUAUUAAAGCAAAUUGUAUAUCAUCCAUCAUGGAGUUAGCUUUGAAAUGUUCAGCUGAGUUACCUGAGGAUAGAAACAAUACGGCAGAUGUUGUGGCUAUGCUCAAGAAAAUCAAACAUAAGCUUCUAAUCAGCAUUGAGCAAGUUUAAUAAGGUAUGAAAUGUGUUAGCUUGUCAUUAUUAAUUCACUCUUCAUUUUCUAUUCAAUUCAGCGAUGAUUUGGCAUGUUUUGUUGUUAGAUUUAGACAAAUUUUAUCUCUUCAAUCCUGUGCUAUAAACCCAAGUACAUAAUUAUAAGACCCUAUACCCAUCUCUUCAAUCUUGUGCUAUAAAAUUCCUAAAACUGUUAAAAUAAAUAGAAAAUGCAUGCAAGAAACUAAUUUUCCCUCUUUGCUCUCUCAAUUGCUCUCAAGCAUUGGGUUCUCGCAGCUACAUUCACUGUUCUUUGCAAUUCAAAGUUUCACUGCAAACCAAAACCGAGAUUCAGAAGCAAAAACCAAGCAGCGGGCUAUGCAGUCAAUUCCAGUUUAUAUCAGCAUUAAAAGAUUUAGUUACUUUUUUAUUUUUCAGAUUGCUGAUGUCUAUUUACUCGGUUGUGUCUUUUAUGUUGUAAGUUGCUUUUAUCUUUUACUGAAGAUUAGCUGUACUUCUGCUUGUAGAAAGAUUUUCCCCUUCUUC